CUUCGACUGGCGUCUCGCCAUCGUGCGCUAGAUUGCAGACAUAUACAACUCCAAUUCAUCUCGUCAUCUCACCACUUUCAGAAAGCAUAACGAUGCGAGACUCCCUACCGAGCCAACUAUCGACAUAUCUGCAAACACAGCUGGACAAAACAGCCAAACAUGUAUUUCCAUCAUAUCGGAAUCUAGAGGCAGCGGGGGCCCACCGCAGAACGCCUAUUGAUGGACCGAUAUCAUCAAAUCUUCCCUUACAAGUACUUUUGUAUUUUAACCUUUGGAUGUUCCCAUUUUGGGCAAUUGGUAUGGUGAUCACCGUACACUGGAAGAUGAAAUCGUUCAUGUUGCGUAGCUUCCAUCGCUUUAUGAUCGGUUUCCUCCUCGCCGUAUUCAUCCCUGUCGAGAUUGCACGACUUUGGCUGGGAUAUUCAGGGAAUCUCCGCGAAAGGGUUCCCGAGCUGGCUGGCUGCUUUCUGUUCACACUGUUCCCCCAAGUGCUGGUAGCUGCCUAUUACACCGCCUUACAACCCUUUACGGGUAGUGGGUUCGCUACGCCCUUUGAAAUGGGCCUAAAUAUUGUGUACCUCCUCUUCUUGAUUCCGGAGGCUGUAUUCGCCUAUAGGGCUGCUCAAAAUAUUGUCCAAUCACAAUCGGCACGUUUCUUCCUUACGGCACCAGUUAGGGACGAUUAUGGGCAAAAUGUUGACGAUAGGGCGAGUGUUGAUAGUGAUAUGACCGUUGCCGGUGGUGGGAGCGGGCGAUCACGGCGACUGGCCAUGGAAGCAACGCACCGCGGCUGAGAACGUCCGCGACGCGAAGAGAUCAGAGUAACCAAGAAAUUUUGGCUGUCAUUCUGGCACAGAUAGUACAGAAUUUGAAUCGUAAGUAUUUUUUUGUAGCUAGCUACUUAAUACAUGUAUGCCGUUCUCUCUCCCCAAUUUUAUGCGGUAUGGUUACGCGAUUGUCCCAGACCAAACUGUGUGCUGUGAGAUAUAUAGCCUUUUUAAAGUUUU